GCUGGCGCGCGCGUACGCGCACGCGCACGAGACCGAGGGGCCCGGUCGCGCCGAGGCUCGAGCGGCCGUCGCCAUUUUGUGGGGUUCUCUCUGACGCGGGAGCCGCCGCCGCCGCCGCCGCCGCCGCCAGCACCGGGAGGCUCUUGUCAGGAUGGUGAAGCUGUUCAUCGGCAACCUGCCCCGCGAGGCCACCGAGCAGGAGAUCCGCGCCCUCUUCGAGCAGUACGGCAAGGUGCUGGAAUGCGACAUCAUCAAGAACUACGGCUUCGUGCACAUCGAGGACAAGACGGCGGCCGAGGACGCCAUCCGCAACCUGCACCACUACAAGCUGCACGGCGUCAACAUCAACGUGGAGGCCAGCAAGAACAAGAGCAAGGCGUCCACCAAGCUGCACGUGGGCAACAUCAGCCCCACCUGCACCAACCAGGAGCUGCGGGCCAAGUUCGAGGAGUACGGGCCCGUCAUCGAGUGCGACAUCGUCAAAGACUACGCCUUCGUGCACAUGGAGCGCGCCGAGGACGCCGUGGAGGCCAUCAGGGGCCUCGACAACACCGAGUUUCAAGGCAAAAGGAUGCACGUGCAGCUGUCCACCAGCCGGCUUCGGACUGCGCCCGGGAUGGGAGACCAGAGUGGCUGCUAUAGGUGCGGGAAAGAAGGGCACUGGUCUAAAGAGUGCCCGGUGGACCGUUCGGGCCGUGUGGCGGACUUCACCGAGCAGUAUAACGAACAGUAUGGAGCUGUGCGCACGCCUUACACCAUGGGCUACGGAGAGUCCAUGUACUACAAUGACGCUUACGGGGCACUCGACUACUAUAAGCGUUACCGGGUCCGCUCAUAUGAGGCAGUGGCGGCAGCAGCAGCGGCUUCCGCCUACAACUACGCCGAUCAGUCCAUGUCCCAUCUGCCUCAGGUCCAGAACACAGCUGUGACUGGUCACCUCAAUUCCUCCUCUGUUGACCCCUACGACAGGCAUCUGUUGCCGAACUCCGGUGCUGCCGCCACCUCAGCAGCUAUGGCUGCCGCCGCUGCCACCACCUCCUAUUACGGAAGGGACAGAAGCCCCCUGCGUCGCACUGCAGCUGUGCUCCCCACUGUUGGAGAGGGCUACGGUUAUGGGCCAGAGAGUGAGAUGUCUCAGGCAUCUGCGGCAGCACGGAAUUCCCUGUACGACAUGGCCCGCUGCAGUAGCCCUGUCACGGGGCCUUACCUGAAAGACCGUAGCAGAGUUGUGUUUCUCCCUCCAGCAUCUUCCAGGGAGCUUGCAGCCCUCUGUACCCGGCUCCAGUAGAUGUCAGCAUCUAGCCCCAGUAGAUGCCUAGGUAAUUACCUGACAUGAGUGGGAAUCUAGUCUGACUUGGUGUUGUUUUGUUCUUUUUUUUCCCCUGGAAUACAGGACGGGACCAGGGCCUUGUACUCGGAGCCACGCUGCUCUCCAGGCACUGUGUAAGCCUCUUGUGUUGUGCUCUCUUUCAGGUAGGAUAAUUGCGGACUGAACCCUCGGGCUGCGGUCAUAUAUGAGAACUUGCUCCGCGCGGUCCCCUUUGCCGGGAUGUUUCCAUUGCUUCAUGUUUCAGUAAACAAAGGAGUUUGUGACCAA